AAAUAAAGUAAGAAAGAAAAAUCAAUUUGUUUUUUUUCUCUCUCUCUCUCUCUCUCUCUCUCUCUCUGCUCUUUAGAGAGAGACAGAAAGAAAAGGAAAGAGUUGAAUAUUGAAAAUGGUGCGACUCUGGUUUUAAAAGCUAUAAACAGACAUGCUCUGCAGCUGCUGUGUUCUUGCCUCCUCUCUUUCUCUUUCCUUUUCUCUUUCUUCUUCUUUGGAUUCUUCUGUGUUUUUCUAAUUCUUUUGUUUUCUCUAGGGUGUAUGUAUGUAUUGCCGUAGCUUAUUAUUAUUAUUAUUAUCUAGCUGAAAUACCUCUCUUCCUUUCUCUGUUUGGUUGGUUUCAUCUUUUUAUGCAAUAUCGGUUUAUCGUUUUUGCUGUGGCGUGGUCUGUUAAAAGAUUACACACCCAGUAGCAGAAAGAAAUUAGAUUCAGAGAUUGGGCAAAGGGUUUUCCAAGACCAGGGUUUUUGGGUUCUUUUCUUUUGUUUUCUUCUUUUCUUGUAAAGAAUGAUUGGUUAAUUCAGAACUUCAACUCGAGUCUAUUUGGCAACCUUAAAAGAUUUUUUUCUUUUUGCAGCAAAUUUAUUUUUCUUUUCUUCAGUUUCUUGAUGAUCAUGGAAGAUGAGGGAAGUAAUUUCAAGAAACUAAUUCUCUUUGGAAGUUUCUAACAGUUGAAUGCAAGAAACAGGAGAGAAAAAUAAUUUUGGCAAGAAAAAAAAUCUCUGCUGGCGUUAAUGUCGAGGUAAACCGAAGAAGAAGAAGGAGAAGAACCAAAUUAAUACAAGAGAUUAACCUGUCCAUGUCCAUCAUCAAGAACUAGCAUGCAAAGAAUAUAAUUCUUGAACAACCCAAGUUGAUUAGAUUCUUUAAUUUUGGCACCCAAAACACCAAAAGAAAGAAACCGGAAUGGCUAGCGAUCAAUCUUUAGAAAUGCACGAACCAAGCAUUGACACCGACAAACUCAGCUACGAAAUCUUUUCAAUUCUUGAAAGCAAAUUCCUUUUCGGCUACGAUGAUCAAAAGCUCUGGAUUCCCAAGCAGAUCUCUCCAGCACCAACAACAGAGCAAAAACCAGAGAAUCUUAUAUCUCAUCCCACAGAUACCAAUAAUGGCCUCUCAGCUAUCAAGAACCAGCGUGGAAAAAUCUGCAUACUAUCCAUAGACAGUGGCGGCAUGAAAGGUAUUCUUUCAGGAAAAGCACUCGCAUAUCUUGAGGAUGCACUCAAGACAAAAUCAGGCAAUCCUGACGCAAGAAUUGCUGAUUAUUUCGACGUCGCUGCCGGUACUGGCAUCGGAGGUAUAUUCACGGCCAUGCUUUUUGGUACUAAGGAUCAUAACCGUCCACUCAAAAAAGCUGACGAUACUUGGAGGCUUCUAGCUGAUCAUGGUAAAAAAAUUUACCGUUCUGGCAAUGGCAGCAGCGGCAGCGGCAGUGGUUUUAGGCGGUUAUUUAAAGCCGGUUCUGGUUCGACCGGGGCUACAACCGGCCUGGAGAAGGCCAUGAAAGAGAUGUUUGCCGAGAAAGACAGGAGUUUAACGCUUAAGGAUACCUUAAAACCGGUACUGAUUCCAUGCUAUGAUCUUUCAAGUACGGCGCCGUUUUUAUUCUCCAGAGCAGAUGCAUUAGAAACAGAUAGUUUUGAUUUCCGGUUAUGGGAAGUUUGCCGGGCGACAUCGGCUGAACCGGGUUUAUUUGAGCCAGUUCAAAUGCGGUCUGUUGAUGGUCAGACCAAGUGUUUAGCGGUUGACGGUGGUUUAGCUAUGAGUAACCCAACUGCUGCAGCAAUUACGCACGUGCUGCAUAACAAGCAAGAGUUUCCUUUUGUUAGAGGGGUGGGAGAUUUGUUAGUGUUGUCACUGGGUAGCGGUCAACUUCUUGAAAAUAGCUAUGAUUUCGAUGAGGUUAAAAAUUGGAGAGCCAAGCACUGGGCUCGACCCAUGGCUCGAAUAUCGGGCGACGGUUCGGCUGAUGCAGUGGACCAAGCUGUAGCAAUGGCAUUUGGUCAGUGUAAGAGCAGUAACUAUGUGAGAAUUCAGGCAAAUGGAUCCAGCUUAGGCAGGUGUGGACCCAAUGUAGACACAGACUCUGGUCCUACCAAUGUGAAAAUAUUGAUUGCCACAGCGGAGGAGAUGUUGAAGCAGAAGAAUGUUGAAUCAGUCCUGUUUGGGGGUAAGAGGAUUGGAGAAGAAAGCAACUUUGAGAAAUUGGAUUGGUUUGCUGGUGAACUUGUGCUUGAACAUCAGAGGAGGAGCUGCAGAAUUGCUCCCACUGUUGCUUUCAAGCAAGCAGCUGCUUCUAAACCCACCUAGCCUCUCUACUCUUUCAACUAUAUAUCUACAGAACCAACCCAAAACACAAACAAAGGGUAAUUAAAGAAUUAUAUAUAUAUAUAUAUAUAUAUAUAUAAACAUAUUUAAGAGAAAGAAAAAGAAGAAGAAGAAGAAGAAAAAGAGUAAUCAUAUAUCAGCUUUUACUUUUGAAAGUGAAGAAUAUCAAAGUUGAAGAUGAAGAGGAGAGGGAGUAGAUUGAGAAGGGACAAGUGACACAAAGGGUAGAAGAUCUCAGUGGGAUACUUUGCCUACCAGAGGACAGGCAUUGUGGUGUCCACUCCACUUUUCCACAAUGGCAAGGAACCAAGAAAGAAAGAAAACAAAGAACCCCCCACACCCCCCCCAAAAAAAAAAAAGAGAAAAAGGAAAAGCUUUUGAAGGUCAAACCAAGUGACCAAGUAUCAGGUGUGAAUCUUUUUGUUGUCAUUAAAAAAAUUCAGGUUGUGGGAAAGAAAACUUGUUUCUGUAUUUCUCCCAUUAUUUUUUUCUUUUGUAUCAUUUUUUUUUCCAAUUUUCUUUUCCUUGUUUGGUCUUUUUCAACCUUUUCUCUCAAGAAACUUGAGUGGAAGGGGUGGUGGGCUAGUUACUUUCUCAAGAAACCCAGAUGAUCAUAUUCAUAUGUAUAGCCAAAGUUCUUUGACUGA